UCUCGCGAUACUAACUUAGCACGAAGAGGAGUGAGAGACAGCUAAAAUAUCUGGGUUGUUUUGUUGCUGUCUGAAGUAAGAGCGACAAAAAAAGAGACACGGUUUAUCGCACUGGUUGUGCUACAUCCCAAACCUGCCGUAUCUCAGACCUGUUUUGUUUACUGCAUGCAGAGUUGAAUUCAUCAGUACGCAGCCACAGAAUCCUAAUUGUAUGUCUGAGGUGCUAACUGUUAGCUGACAGGCUACCUAGCAUAGCCAGCCGCUGAAGCAAUGGCGUUGAAAAGAAUUCAGAAGGAACUGUCCGACCUGCAGAGAGACCCUCCUGCUCAGUGUUCUGCUGGACCAGUCGGAGAUGACUUGUUUCAUUGGCAGGCAACAAUAAUGGGUCCAAGUGACAGUCCAUACCAGAGUGGAGUGUUUUUCCUCACCAUUCACUUCCCAACAGAUUAUCCCUUCAAACCACCAAAGGUGGCGUUCACUACAAAAAUAUACCACCCUAACAUCAACAGCAAUGGAAGUAUUUGUCUGGACAUCCUGAGGUCACAAUGGUCUCCUGCACUCACAGUGUCAAAAGUAUUAUUGUCUAUCUGCUCCCUUCUUUGUGAUCCAAAUCCGGAUGACCCCCUGGUUCCAGAGAUUGCUCAUACAUACAAAGCUGACAGGGAAAAGUACAACAAACUAGCAAGAGAAUGGACACAGAAGUAUGCAAUGUGAGAACACCAGGAAGAUUAAUAAUUCAAAUGAGAACAAAAGAACCCACAAAGGAUUUGUUAUUUGAUACAAAUGAACAAUGGAGAUGAGGGAAACGAAGAGUUAAAAACAAAACAGCCCACAUUUUGAGAAGGAAGUGAUCCAAUGCGGUACAGCGACACUUGGCUUUCAGUGUGCUGAGUUGCUACAAUGUUCUGUCCUUCAUUACUGGUAUAGAUCGGCAGAGCAGGACCUGGCGGCCUACUUAAAGCACUCCCAUAUGGAAUACUGGAAUUUCUUCACAGUCCCUGAUGCCACACUCAGACUGUAAACUGGUAGUGGUAUGUUGUGAUUAUAAUUGUUGCUGUUCAUACACUUCAUUUUGAUUGUCAUAUUAUUGUUCAGCAGAGAUGCAAACUGUUCGAUCUAGGAUCAUUUCAGAGGUACUUAAUGCACCCGACUGGAUUUCUUCGAAUUUCUGUACUUUCAUGUAUUUUGGUGGCCUUUCUGUGUUAAACUGUUGAGUGUGUGUGUGCAAUUGAGACAGAAUGUUUCUUGAAGAACACAAAAUGGCACAGCAGAUAAUCUGUUGGCAAUAACUGUCUCUACCCCCCAAAACAAUGUGAAAUGCAUGAAAAAUGAUUCGUCUCAAUUGCCCUCUGUAACUGAAAAGCAGAAAGUGUUUUACAGUUUUUAAGACACUGGAGAGCUACAGUUUUAGAGCCAGCAGACUUAGAGUCUGUGCUCUGGGAUCCCAUGGGCUGGAUUUUCAUUCCCCUAUUCUUUCACAUGUUGUUAGUACACUUCUAUACUAUAAAAAAUAACCACCAAUCACUGAUAUAUUCAUCGUGCAAAACAGUACUACUGUCAUUUUGUGUUAUGUAGCUACAAACAUGGCUAGCCCUUCACAUAAAGCUUCGCUGUGCUCCACCUUGUCGGUACAGUUACUCAGGUAUCUAACCAAGUUAUCAGACUUGACAAGCAUUGACCCAUUGUAUUAGCUGCCCUCGAUGUACAGUGCUCAUCUCUAUUCACCUUACAUAAAAAGAAGCCAAUUCUUUCUGAGGAGGCAUUGUGUUGCGCACAAAUAAAUGGUGUGGAAGAAGUACUGUCAUCCUUGCUUUCCCUCUGCAGGACUUUUGAUAUUGUUCAUUGAACAACACCAGGAUUUCAAGAGUCUUCAGAUGUCAUAAUGAGACCUAGACACUACUGUUUUACUGUAAUAAAAGGGCCCUACUCUUUCAGGCGGCAUCCCUUGUAUUGGAGAGAGGUUUGUGCAAAACUUUGCCAUUUUAAAUUGUGAGCAUUUAGUUAUUUGAGAUGUUAAUUAUGAUGACACUAUAAUUUGCGUUAACAGGUGAUUUGAAACUUUGUUUUUUCUUUUUCAUGUUCAUGUGGGGGUCUGCAAAAUGUUUUGGAAUUAACUGACAGUAAAGCAUUUUGUCUGGGUAAUACAUUUGUGACUAUUUUUGAAAGCUUUUAGCUUUAGGCUUAUUUUUAUCUUUGUGUCACAGAAACUGAACGUGGUUGUGAUAUGUCACAAUGUCUAUUUUUAUUAUAUAUAUAUAUAUAUAUAUAUAUAUAUAUAUAUAUACUCCAUUGCGACUGCCUGGAAAGGCAGACGGGAAAAGUUGUGAUUGUGUGUCAGUAUGCUGGUGCUGCCAAUAUUAGGGGAAAUGUUUUUUCUGCUAUUGAGGCAUUAUUGAAUUUGUUUAACAAGGAAGGGGCUUAUUUAGACAUAACUGAUUGUAGAAGCUUUGUAGAAUUAACACUGAAUUAGGCAUGUAACAUAGAUUUUAUUAGCUGCUGUUAUAGAAACCAGUUAAAACAAAUCCUAAAAAAUACUUCCUAAAGUGUUAAAAAUGUAUUCUCUAUUUGCAGUGAAAGGCUUAGCUGCACAAUCCAGUUACGCUAUAAAUUCAGUUGUUCAAGCGCAGUCAUCUAUUUCCAUGCUCCAGCUGUACUGCUGAAUUCACCCUCGAUUAUAAAAAUGACUGAUGCUACAUUUCAUUUAUUUGUCCGAUGUGCUCCGUAGAAUUUUUAUAGGGAGCUUGGCAUGCUUUGCACUCUGGAGAACCUUCUCUCAGCCAUUUGCCAGAUAUCAGGGAUUUUGUUACAUUUUAUCUGCCUAACACCUCAAACUAAAACAUUUUUAGCCUUAACCCUCAUUUUUAUAAAUUUGGAGGAUGUGUCAGUAACUGUAAAUUAGCUGUCAGGACUUUAAACUCCAAAUUGGGUUGUUCAUCUUGGUAAAAGACACGAGAACCCGCUUGAACAGUACUAAUGUUGUGGCUGUGUCGGAACGCAGAACCUGUCCUCACGCAUCUGAAAAUUUUUAGUAAAAUAUACUUCAACUGCCACCACGAACCUACAUGUCUACAUAGUAAAAAAAAAAAGAUAACUAAUGACAUUGUUAUAACAUGAAAAUAAAGCUGUCUUGGAUUACUACUGUCA